AUGCCAGCCUGGGUGUUCAUCCUAGUCACCUGCUGCCUCCUCUUGCCCAGCCAGGCCACCACCCACAUCAGCAGUGAAGCCAAGGACGGGGCCAGCUCUGCCCUAAGCUACAUCGUGCUGGCGGGGCCGGACCCUUGGAUGAAGCACCUACUGUGUGCAGCCACUGCGCCCAAGCUAGGCGAUACAAGCCCGGAAGCCGACCAGCCCCUGGGCGAGAGCCUGAAACCAACCUCGCGCCGUGGGCCGUGGGCGGCCGGUCAGGGGUUACUGAGAGGAGCCUCCCUCCCCCACCCCGCUCUUCCUCCUGGAGAGCUGCUUGUUCGCGGUCCCCGCCCGGUCCUGCGCUAUCCCUACGCCCCCUUUGGAGAAGGCGCUUCCAGCCUGCCCCGGGCCAUAUGUGAUGGAGGCGCCGUGGCGGCCCACCCCCGCGUCAGCACCCGAGGAAAGCCUCCCCCUCACAGCGCUGUCCGGGGGGCCCGGGAGGCCUCUGGGGGCCGGCCUGCCUCCAGCCCCCUCCCUCUGGAAGUCCUCGGGCUUCCCCUCCAGCCAGGGCCUUCCAAGGGGCGCAGCCGGCCUCAGUGUCCGCAGUCCCCGGUAGAGAGCCCCCUGUGCGAUGCCCAGCUUCUGGCCGAGGAGCCCGAGCCCCUGCGCUGCUUCUCCAGAGAGUUCGAGGACCUCACGUGCUUCUGGGACGAGGCCGAGGACAAAGAGCCGGGAGGCGGCCAAGAUGGAGAGCCCUACCAGCUCCUCUUUGCCUACCCGGGGGAGGAGCCCCAGGUGUGCCCCCUGAGUGCCCAGAGACUGCCCGGGGGAGGCCUGCGCCACGCCUGCCAAGUCCAGCCUGCGGAUGGCCUGCGCCUCUUUGCCAAGUUGGCCCUGUGGCUGUGGGACCCUGCCAGAGCCCAAAACCGGACCCAGCGCGUGCUCAGCGUGGAAAACGUGGGCCUGCCUGCCCCACCCAAGAGCAUCACUGCCGUGACUUCUGGUCAGACUGGAGAGCUGCAAGUCACGUGGGAGGUGCAGCCCCUCGAAAUUAGUGACUUCAUGCAGCAUGAACUCCAGUAUGGCCCUGUGGAUCCCAGCAGCUCUACUCAGCCCACGGUCACGGCUCUGCUCCAAGCGCCCACGUGCUGCCCGUUCAUGAGGUGGCCCCGGCAGGCCACUCCGGCUCAGGCUCUACAGCAGCACCCCACCAUCGAGGCACCCGCCAUCAGGGGACCCGCAGGGCCACAGUGGGAUGGUCCGCCGCCGCUUAAAGCCACCAGAGAAGUACCCAGAUUCCUCCGGCCCCCUCUUCUCUCACCCCAGACCCAGAGCAUUCCCUCUGGCGGCCCCCUAGCGCCCCAUCCUCUCCCCUCUCCCCAGAUGGCAUGUCCAGAGCUUGGAGCCUGGGUCCAAGAAUUCAAUGAUGGCCCUCUUCAGCCCUCAGAUCUAAUUGGUGGAAGCUGUAUCAUCUCCGGGUUUCAACCUGGGACCUCCUAUUGGCUCCAGCUCCGGAGGAAGCCUGAUGGGAUCUCCCUCAAGGGUUUCUGGGGACCUUGGUCAUCUCCUGUGACUGUGACCCUGCCACAGGAUGCAAGGGAGAUUGGGCUGCACUGCUUCACUCAGGACCUGGAGCAAGUCACAUGCCAGUGGCAAGGACCAGCCCAUCCCACCACCUCCCAUGGCUACUUCUACCACUGGAGGACCACUGGCAGCUGCCCUGGAGACAGGGGUCCGGCAUGGGAGAAAUGUGAGAAAAUGGACUCCAGGGAAGAGGAAACCCCAGUCACCCAAUGUCACUUCGAGUCCCAAAAUGACAGCGCCAUUCACAUCCUGGUGGAAAUAACCACUGAGCAGGGGACCAUCCAUCAGUUCCUUGGCACUCCCUUCUGGAUGCAUCAGAUUGUUCUCACUGAAGCCCCACAGCUGCAGUGGACAGCCGGACAGGGUGGACAGCUCAAGCUGAGCUGGAGGCCGCCUUUGCCCUGGCUUCCCGGGAAGACCCACUAUCAGCUCCGAUACUCCGGGCAGAAGCACAGGCACUGGAAGGUGAGGGCUUGCACUGCCAUCAGGUGUGCUGGGCAAGCCGGGAAGGGAUUGCAUGGGAGUGUGAGCAGCUCGUGGCGGCCUCGGGCUGUGGAGGAUACGUAA